UUCAUAAAAACCGAUGUCAACGGAAGGCACGAGCUUAGUUGUAUCUGAACGGCACGGGCCGAGUAGAAAAAAAGAACGUGCAACCUACCUACCGUAGAACGAUGAACGGGGAUGGGCUUUGUAAAUCGGUUGCAACGCUGCUGUUGUUGCUAAUGCAGCUGCAUGGUAGUGCAUUCAGUGAAAAUCUGCGCCAAUUGACAGCCACCGAUUGGUGGCAACGAGCCGGAUUUUAUCAGAUUUAUCCGCGAUCGUACAAGGACAGUAACGGCGACGGGAUAGGAGAUCUUAAAGGGAUCACCGAGAAGCUGUCAUAUAUUAAGGAUGUCGGAAUGCAUGCUGUGUGGCUUUCACCAAUCUACAAGAGUCCAAUGGCUGACUUUGGCUAUGACAUUUCGGAUUUCCGGGACAUUCAUCCGGACUACGGAACGAUGGCCGAUUUCGAGGCAAUGGUUAAGAAAGCCAAGGAGGUUGGUUUGAAGGUGAUACUGGACUUUGUGCCGAACCAUUCCAGUGACGAGCACGAGUGGUUUGUGAAAAGUGAAGAUAGAGUGGAUCCUUACACGGAUUACUACGUGUGGCACGACGGAAAACCGGGAAGUGGAUCCAUUAACGAUCCCCCAAACAAUUGGGCCGAAGCAUUUCGCGGAAGCGCUUGGAAGUAUAGUGAAAAACGGAAGCAAUACUACCUUCAUCAGUACCACGUCAAGCAGCCGGAUCUGAACUACCGGAAUCCUUUGGUGGUCGAAGAGAUGAAGAAUGUUCUUCGCUUUUGGCUGGAGAAGGGCGUGGACGGGUUUCGUGUCGAUGCUGUGCCCAAUCUGUUCGAGGAUGAACUAUUCCGAGACGAGCCUCCGUCCGGAAAUUCGGAUGAUCCCUUGCGGCCCGAGUACUACGUACACAUCUACACGACGGAUUUACCCGAAACCGUUGAUAUGGUCUACCAGUGGCGGAAAGUCAUGGAAGAUUUCAAGACCAAAAACGGAGGAGAUACGCGUGUUUUGAUGACCGAAUCGUGGUCCGCGUUAUCGGUGGUCAAAACCUUCUUCGAAGAUGUCAACAAAAGGCAGGGAUCGAAUAUACCAUUUAACUUUCAAUUCAUCAUGCACCUCAAUAACGCCUCGAAAGCUGCGGAUUUUAAAACGGUCAUUGACAGCUGGCUGAAUACGGUUCCGGAAGGACACACCCCGAACUGGGUGCUCGGCAAUCACGACGUGCGACGCAUUGCUUCCCGCAUGGGUGGGGAGCACAUGGCGGACAUAAUGGCAAUGCUCGAGAUGACACUGCCGGGCGUAUCUAUAACGUACCAGGGCGAGGAAAUCGGAAUGUUGGACCACGAGCUGACCUGGGAACAAACGCUGGACCCACAAGCCUGCCAGACGAGUCCGGAAGUUUACCAGAAAUUCAACCGGGACCCGGCCCGAACUCCGUUCCAGUGGGACACGACGGCCAAUGCGGGAUUCACUAAUGGGUCCAGCACCUGGCUACCGGUGAAUCCUAAUUACGUGACUGUCAAUGUCAAAACAGAACAGGCGGCUUCCAAGAGCCAUUUGAAGGUGUACCAAGAACUGAUGAAACUAAGGAAAGAAGAUGCCUUCCAAUCCUAUUCCUACGGAAUACAGGCCCUUGGGAAUGUGGUCGCCAUUCUUCGAAUCCAUUGCCAACAAGCUUUGAUAACGCUGGCAAACAUUGGUAGCACGGAAGCGCAGGUCAACGCAAGUUCACUCUUCACCACAUACCAAGUGACGCCGUUGAGCGGAUUCAAAGUACGACUAAGUAGUGUCAAUUCGAAGCGAUCGAAUGGAGAUAGUGUAGCGAUGGACAAAGUGGUUCUCCAGCCGUACGAAGCGAUCCUUCUGCAAAGUGGCGUCACUAGGCAUCUCACCAGAUUUGUGUUGAUUAUGAUACUAGCCAUGUGUUCUAUUUUAGCAUGAACCAAAAUUUUUGUCGUUUCAAACAUUUGCUAUGUAAGAAUUGUAAAAUGUUUCAUCUUGCUUGAAUGUUAAGUCCGAAUAUAAUAGAUACCUGGCCUGAGAGAAGACACUGUGCAAAUUU